AUGGAUGUAACCACUAAGGACGAGUGUGUAAACGGUAUCAAGGAGGAAUAUGACGAUACAGUUGAAAAUGGCGAAUCGUCCGGUAAUGACAACAAUCUUGACGAGACGAUUGAAUUGGGAGAUUCUUCUGCCGAAAGUGACGCUUCCAGCGUGGACUCCAAAGAAGAGUUGCUCGAUAACCUGGAUCUCGUGUUGGACCAGUUUUCAGAUCCUGAUGAUGAUGACGGUUAUGAUGAUGGUGAUGAUGCUGACUGGAAUCCAGAAGUCACUCCACGAAAGAAGAAGAGAACCGGUCUGUCUUCAGUCUCACCAUCUCCAGCAACGUCUAGCAGAACUGCUUCUCCUGCUUCUGUACAAAGUAAGAAAGGGAAAGGUAGGAAAAGCAGUGUGAGUCGAUCCCUACCUUUUUCCAUCUCAGAACACAAGUGGAAAAGUGCAGAUGAGCCUGAUAUUGAGCCGACUCAGCCAAUCUUUAGACCUAGACUAACACCCGGCGUACAGUUGGUCUCCAAUGCAUCAUGCAGUCCUCUACAGUAUUUUGAGUUGUUCUUUUCCAAAUCUGUCAUGCGGACAAUUCUAGAAAACUCUAAUGCUUACGGGGCCAUGCGUCAUAAAGGAAAGGAGAAGCCAUGGCAGGACAUUUCUGUAAAAGACUUCAAAACAUUUCUAGCACUGGUGAUUUACAUGGGUUUGCUGAAAUGCUUCACACUGACGGAUUAUUGGAGAAAGUCAGACAUCUACAGUCUUCCAUAUCCUGCACAAAUCAUGUCUGGUAGAACAUUUCUUCGCAUAUGUGCGGCUCUCCAUCUUAGUGACCACAAAGUGGAUGCAGAGAAUGAUGCAAAGAAGGGAACGCCUGAAUAUGACCGCCUGUGUAGGAUCAAACCGCUGUACCAGGACAUUAGGGACGCAUGCAGAUCCUCUUUUCAUCCCUUUCAGAACAUCUCUAUUGAUGAAAGAAUGGUGGCAUCAAAAGCUAGACAUGGUCUCAAACAGUAUAUGAAAAACAAACCUACAAAAUGGGGGUACAAACUCUUCGUACUGGCAGAUUCACUCUGUGGCUACACAUGGGACUUCUUCAUUUAUGAGGGAAAAAUGAAUGUAGAGCAGAGCAAAGGCAUUAGUUAUGAUUCAGUCAUGAGCUUGGCAAAUGCAAGGUUGUUGGGUGCUGGCUACAAGCUGUUUGUUGACAACUUUUACACCAGUCCCAAGCUCUUCAGAGACUUGCUCGCUAAGAAGAUCUGGGCUUGUGGCACCGUUCGAGCGAACCGCAUUGGCCACUCAAAGAAACUGGCUCCUCGUGGCAAUAUCCGCUGGUUUCGGGAAGACGACCUGCUGUUUGUUGAGUGGAAGGACAAGAGGGAUGUGCUGAUGUGCUCCACCUUUCAUAAAGCCUUUAAUGGAGACACCAUAAAGAGGAAUGUGAAAGGAGCCGAUGGAGUUUGGGCCAUUCAAGAUUUCCCCGUUCCACCUGCCGUGUUGGACUACAACAAGCACAUGGGAGGAGUGGAUCUGUCUGACGCGCUUAUCGGAUAUUACACCGUUCUACAUAAAACAAGAAAGUGGUAUCGGUCCUUUUUCUACCACUUUGUGGACAUCGCUGUAGUAAAUGCCUUCAUUUUGCACCAGCAGAUGGCCAGGAUGAAGAACCAGAAGCCUUUGACCCAGAAGGCCUUCCGGGAGGCUCUUGUUAGAGAGCUCGCAGGAACGGGCCCUGAAUAUACCUCUGACCGAACAGAACCGGCUCAUUCUACUGACUCCCACCUGCCUAAGUACAUCAGAGGACACAGCACUUUAGGAAGGCGGAAAUGCAAAAUGUGUACCCACAAAACUCCAGUCAUGUGUGAAACUUGUCAGGUGCAUUUGUGCUUUGUUCCGAAUCGCGACUGUUACAGUAAAUGGCAUAAAUCUGGUCCCUCUGAUGAGUCUGACUCAGAGUAAAACUUAAAGAGCAGUUCAUUUGUAGACAAGUCCAGUGGGACCCAAGUCCAAACUGCCAACCUAAACAAAUCAUUAUCAAACUCUGGAAAUAGAAAGAAAUGCAACAUGAAACUAGCAAGCCGUUGACAAUGACUAAUGGCAUUUGAGGCUUGUAUAUUUUGAUAAACUGGAAAUAUCAUAGAAAAGACCUUAAACUUGUAGUAGUAGGUGUAGUAAGUAGAUGUAAUUGAAAUUUGACACUUUCUUUUUCUCACAGUUUUAUUCUGUUGCACUGGAA